CACCUCUCAGCAUGCAGUGCACGUCAUUUUAUCACUGCACGUGUGACAGUAAAGUUGUGUCUCGUUUCGUCAUUGUUAGUGCGAGAAUGUGAAUUUUACUGUAUAAUAAAAACGUUAACGGUCACUGUGAGUGCUAGGAAAAAUGUUUACAACCAAAAGGAUGCUGCAAUUGUUGACGGCUUUUGGAACAUGGUCGUCGCUCUACGUUGGUGCAGCUGAAGAAGUGCGGAGGACAAGAGCUCUUACUAGUUUUGCUAGUACUACAGCCAGGGAUCGGAGAUUUCUUCCUAUUUUUACUGUCUACCAAUGGGGACAAGGAUUAUGUUCUGCUUCAUCCGGUGAGUAUGGAUCUUGCCAACCGAACAAUGAAUGUAUCCUGAGAGGUGGCAUUCCUGCUGGACCUUGUGCGGGCGGUUACGGAACAUGUUGCAUUUUCAUGUCUUCCUGCGGAGGAGUUGCUCGAGAGAAUGGAACCUACUUCGUGAAUCCAAACCAUCCGGAUACUACCGAUGGGACGGGAAGCUGCCAGCUGACGGUUCUAAAAAUGCAUCCCGACAUCUGUCAAAUUCGACUAGAUUUUGACCAGUUUUCCAUUAACGGACCGGAGAUGAGCAACCAUAUCUGUAACAGCGAUCAGUUCCUUGUUUCUGGAGGCAGUCCUGCACCAACUAUUUGCGGGACGACAAGCGGAGAUCACAUGUACAUCGACGCCGGCAUGGGGCAAAGUAAUCCCAUUAUCCUGACGGUGAUCACAAGUGGACCCAGCUAUCCGCGAUCUUGGAGAAUCCGAAUCUCUCAAAUGCCCUGCGGAGCUAUCUCGAAAGCGGAACAAGGGUGCUUACAAUAUUUCACCGGCGUGAGCGGACGGAUCAAAAGCUUUAACUUUGAUACGACUAGCGGUCGACAGCUGUCAAAUCAAGACUACAGUUUGUGUAUUCGGACGGAACGAAACUUUUGCAGCAUACACUACACGGCAUGUCCGGAUAUGAAUCGUAAUCGUUCCCGGACUUUCACAUUGUCUGGUAACAGCAACAGUGCCGUUCAGGCAAUGGUCGGUGGAGGCACCCAAGGAACGCCGAAUUCAUGUACUAACGAUUGGUUGAUGAUUCCCUGCGCAAAGGUGGCCGAUCGGUUGCCGAUGGCCAGCACCUGCGAAGAUAAGAUCUGUGGAGGUACUUUCAAUGCCGAGGUAAGUUCGAUCGAAAGGACGGUAGUAUCCACGAUAAGGCCGUUCCGGCUUGCCUUCCAUACGGAUUCGAUAGAGGCGCCAGUGGAUGUGGACAACAGGGGAUUCUGUUUGGACUAUGUUCAGCAGCCCUGCACUAGUAACUGAAUAUAAAUAGAUAUCAAAAAGCUGUCAA